AUGGCUGUGUCUCCCGGAGGGAUCCCUGCUGAGCUGCAAGAGGGCAUCACUGCCUUCCUGGGGAUGAAGACGAUCCUCCUGGUCAAGAGCAUCCAGCUGCAGGUGAAAUCCAAGUAUGAUGACUACAUCUUGGUGCUGACCCCCUGGCGAGCCUAUGUGCUAGUGGUGACACUACCAGUGAGGGUGCACAGCAGUUUCAGCUUUCUGGAGGUGCAAGAGAUCACAGUGCGAGAGCCCAGCCUGGUUGUCAUAGAAACAGAUACGUCUUCUUAUGUCAUCCGGCUUAUGUCAUUUGAUGAUUUGGAGCAAGUUGUCAUCCAUGUCACCAUGUCACUUAAGAAGGUCUUCCCAGAUUCAUCCCCUGGAGCACUGCUCAAGAACUCGCCCCCCAACCUGUACGAGAGGAUACGGAGGAUCACAGACUCUCUGGAGGAAAUGUUGCAGAGCAACCAAGGGCCCUGUGGUGGGUUUUCAGAGACUUAUGCUGCUUUAUGUGAUUACAAUGGCUUUACCUUUCGUGAGGAGAUCCAGUGGGAUGUGGACAACAUCUACCAUAGCCAAGACUGCAGGGAGUUCAACCUACUGGAUUUCAGCCACUUGGAGAGCCGAGACGUGGCACUGAGUGUUGCUGCCUUGUCCUUCAAUCUGUGGUUCACAAAGCUCUACUGCAAGGACUUCAGACUGAACCUGGAGAUUUCAGAGCAACUCCUGUAUAUGCUCAGCAAAUCAGUGACACUGGAGGAGCUGGUGCUGGAAAACAGUGGGCUAAAAUCUGACUUCGCUCAGAGGAUGGCCCAGGCACUCAGCAGACAUCCUGACUCUGUGCUGCACACCAUCAAUCUUGCCGGCAACCAGCUGGAAGACAGAGGGAUAAUUGCCUUCAGCCGGCACUUUGAGAAGAGGCCCAAGGGCCUGCAGAGCCUCAACUUGGCCAGGACAUCACUCACUGCUAAAGGAAUGAGCACAUUAUGCCAGGCCCUAGCAGCUAACGAAGCCAUCCGCUCUUCCCUCCGGCACUUGGACCUCUCCGGGAACCCCAGCACCCUGGCCAUGGAUGACACUAGUAGUUUGCAGAACCUCCUCUGCCGAUGCAACUCACUCUCUCACCUCAGCCUGUCUGGCACUGACUGCUCUUUAGACACUCUCUUUGGAGCACUGACCCAUGGAUGCUGCACCAGCCUUGUCCAUCUGGAUCUUUCCAAAAAUGUGUACUCACACAAGAGGGUGAAAGAUGUCUCUCCUGCCAUCAAGCAAUUUUUCAGCAAGGCCUGUGCCCUCAGGCAUGUUUCACUGGCAGGUACAAAGCUGCCUCCAGAUGUUGUAAGGGCUUUGCUGCAAGGACUGGCGUACAACAGUUGCAUCAGUGACCUUCACCUGGAUCUCAGCAGCUGUGAGCUGAGGUCAGCGGGGGCCCAGGUCAUCCAGGAUCUCAUCUCUGAUGCCAAUUCCAUCAGUGACCUGGAUUUGUCUGAUAACGGUUUUGACUCUGAUAUGGUGACACUGGUGCUGUCCAUUGGCAGAAGCAAGUCCAUUAGGCAUGUCUCUUUGGGGAAAAACUUUAACAUCAAAUCCAAAGAUGGGCUGGUGGAUGUCCUGCACCGCAUUGUCCAGAUCACCCAAGAGGAUGACUGUACUCUCCAGUCCCUGUCAGUGGCUGAGUCGCGCCUCAAGCUGGGAACCAAUGUCCUGCUCAGUGCCCUGGGCAGUAACACCAGUCUCAUUGCUCUGGACAUCAGUGGUAAUGCCAUGGGAGACACCGGUGCCAAGAUGCUAGCCAAAGCCCUGCAAAUCAACACAAAGCUCAGGACCGUGGUUUGGGACAGGAACAACACAACUGGCCAUGGACUCCUGGAGGUGGCUCAAGCCUUGGAGAGGAACUACACCCUCAAGUCUAUGCCCCUGCCAAUGAAUGAUGUGGUGCAGGCGUAUCGGAGCAACCCUGAGAAAACAGAGGAGGCAGUGCACAAGAUCCAGUCCUGCCUGACGAGGAACCAAAUGCGACACAUGCUGCCCACACAAACCUUCUGGCUGCAGCAGGGCAUCCUGACCACCUCUUCUGAACAGAUGGUGAACGAAAUCUGUCUCAGUGUGCAGAAGCACGUUGACAUCCUGAGCUCCUGCCUGGGCAGGGAAGUGGAAGCCGACAUCCUCUUUGCAGAGGAAGCCAUCAGGAACGCCAACCUGUCCGUCAGUAUUUUGCCUCUGUUGUAUGAAGCAGGAAACACCCCGUACCAGAACGGCAAGCUGCAGCAUAAGAUGGAAUGUCUCACAGAGGAAGCGUCACAGGCCUGCGGCCAGGAAAUCCAGGCGAUCAUGCAAGCCGUAUUGGACACAGUGCACAACCUGUGCCCGGCCAUGGUACAGAAGAGGGGAGUCAGGGACCAGCUGGUCAAUGCCAUGUCAGAGCGCAUCUAUCUCCAGGACCACCUCAACCUCAGUUCUGUCCUGGACCAGAUGGUCACUGAUGUCUUCAACAAGCUGAAUGAAAUCAAGCUAUCUGUCACAGCGGCUGUGGCUGACUGCAUUGUGGAUGCCAUGCUGGGAGACCUGACUGUUGCUCAGUGCAAGUUGGCAGAAAGCCUCUCCAAGCACGGUCUGGACCUCCCAUCACUGCAGCUGGAGUCCAUUGAAGAUGAUGCCACUGUGCCAAUGAGGGGCAGAAAUCCUCUGGAUAUCGCUGAGAAAGGCUUUGCUGCGGAGGAGCACAAGAUGGCUCUACGGAGGAAAAACAAACAUUUCAGGAGCAUUCGGCCCACGCCAACCAUGAGAAGUCUCUCGGAGCUGGAGCUACAGGCAAGCAGGGACGCAAGCGGGCUCCGAGCGCACCGGGCGCCGCUGUCACUCAGCCCCGCCGCGCCAAAGGCACGCCCUGCCUCCACAAAGGAUGCUGAGCCUGCGAGCAGCUUGCUCCCUUGCACACAGCCCGCAUCUGCCGAAUCCCUUAUGGACCUACCAACCGAAGGGGAGAAACUGGAGCAUUGCACCAAAGCCAGGCCCCGGCCCAACCGCAGGCACAAGCAGCCUCCAAGCAAGCCAAAUGUGCAGCCUGUGGCCUGUGAGAACAGUGAGGACAGGAGCAUCACCCGUGUGGAUGAGGGCCUUGAGGACUUCUUCACCAAGAAGCUCAUCACAGAGGACCUGCUCCCCACAGCACAGGGGACCUGCCCUGGAUCAGCCCUUCUGGCAUCCUCAAGCUCUCGCACCCUCAAGAAGAAAAUUGGGAACUUCUUUGCAUUCAAGAAGCCCAAGUCCUCAAGGGGCUCAAGGUGUGAGAAGGAGCCUGAGGGCAGUGUCACAGCCCCCAAAAGCAGACGGUCGGUGCUCAGUGACAUUUUACGGCCCCCCAGCAAAGCAGGAGAGCCACUGAGCAAGUCUGAGGAGGGAAGCCUCGCUGCCGAGCCCCAGGCAGAGCCUGAGCACAGCCAGACUCCUGACUCUGCCCGCAGGAUCAGGCCCAAGUAUUCACGGGAGGGCAAGUCUCAGUCACUCAUACUGCUGUCCGGGGAGGAUGAGGACACACUUGGGGUCAGGCACGACAAGAAGAGGCACCUGGAGAAGAAUGACGGGGAGCUUCCCAAUUCCUUCGAGCAACGUGUGCACAUCAUGCUCCACCGCAUGGGUGUCACAAAGGGCCUGGCCGCCGAGGGCAAGAAGCAGCAGAGCAAAGACAGCGAGAUCAAGAAAGCCGGUUCAGAUGGGGACAUUGUGGACAGCUCGGCAGACUCAUCACCACCCUCCCUGAAGGCGCGCACACACUCCAUGUCCACAGACACAUCCUUACGGAGCAGCCCGGCCAACAUGAUGGAGGCCAGCAUAGGUUCUGCUGCUCCCAGGCCAGCCUGGAAAGUUCUGGGGAAGCAGCUGAACACAGAGCUGAAAGGGAAGAGCUCAGACCUGCCCCGGCGCUCCCUCCCCAUCCCCGAACAGAGCAGGCAGCUGGCGCCAGCAGGCCGAGAGGGAUGGAGCAGCAGCCUGCCACGGCUUGGGAGGAGCACACCAACAGCGCUGCUGCAGAGGGUCAGCCACUAUGGCGAGUCGGGCACCAGCACCACUCCACCAAGCCUGCCAGCACCUCCUGAUGCUGAAGACAAUCACCUGGCUCCGGGGCCUGUUGUGCCAAGCGGGACUAACCGCAGAGCUGUCUCCAUCCACGAGGACCAGCUCAGGGAAUCAGAGAGCCUGACGGAGCUGGAGGAUGUAAUGAUCCCCCUUCGUCUGCGGCGGUCACCUGUGCUGAAACGGAGGAACAAACGCAACUCCCUUGCGGACACAGAGGUGACCAGCGAGCCCAGCCCAUCCUUGGAUAGCAUGGAUGCUGUGAUGCAGGACCAGCCCAGCACUGGGGACACACCAGAGGAGCUGCAGCCUCGAGCAGAAGCAAAAGAAGACCAGCCACAAGCUGUUGUGACUGCACAAGACUCAAUCCUAGACCAAAGAAGUACAGUGCUGGGCCAGGGGCAGCCAGCCCCGGGACAGUGAGCCCCUGCAUGCUGCCGCACUGUUUCCAAUAAAACCCUGCAAGCAAGCAUACAGUGACAGGGUGAUUAGCAACACAGCUUGGGCAUGGAGCAGAGGGAAAGGGCGCAAAGUACCCCAGGCAUGCUCCGCACCUUGCUUCCAUGUCAGAUUUGUGUGGACACAGCUGAGGGGCCAGCCAGCCUCACCUUUUCCUCCAGCAGCUGUUACAAAGGCAACAGAGCCAUUUUUUUGCUGCAGGGACAGCCUGGUUGGGGCCUCAUCACAGAGGGGCUGGGGCCGUCGGCCAAGCUGAACCAAAAGCCAGGCCAUGAGCAGUUCUCAGAAGGGCACAGACUUGCAGCUGCUUCUCUGCCCACUGCCUGGGGCAGCACACAGCGUAAGCAGGGCAGUCUCCCCAGCACCGGGCCAGGCUGGAGCCCGUCUGAAGAGCAGAUGACCAACACAGCAGAGACAUGCCAAGCAGCAUCGCCUUCCAUGGACUGCCUCUGCUGACACGCUUGUGGGCUGUGGAUGGUAAUAGGGAAAGCUGACAAUCUCAGGAAUGGAUCAAGGGGCAGAGCAGGCAGCAGAAGUACAAACAACCCAGGUGUGCACAUCAGCUGAGACGUUGUUAACAGUUUUACUAGAGUCCUGUCACCAGGCAUACCAGCCCCCCUGCUCCCAGCUCCACUCCUCAACUCACAGGGGCUAUCACUUUCUCCAUCACCUCAAAACCCAGAUUUGUAUCAGAGGGAACA